AUGAACUACCAUGUACCAUGUGACAGUGAUCCCUCAGAGUGUGUUCUGCUCAUAGUGUUUUGUCUUUUCCUCAAUUACAAGUACUAUACCCAUCGAUGGAAAGAAGAUUCUGUUAGUAUCAGGUUGUUAGUAGACUUGCUUUCCACUUCUGUAGAUAAUGAGAUGAAUGUGGGAGAAGUCUUCAGAUUUUGCUUGAUAAUGGUUUAUCCUUAUGUAACAAUAUUAUUGAGAUUUUUGGAGGAAAAUGAAGUUCCAGAUGAUGAUUCUGUCAACCACAUGAUUGCUCGAAAUGCUGAUGAACUAGCAUUAUUUCAUCGCAUGGACCUGGAACGCAGACGAGAAGAGGCAAAACUUGGUCCAAAUCGCAAAUCUCGUUUAGUGGAAGAAGCUGAAUUGCCUGAUUGGUUAGUGAAGGAUGAUGAUGAGACAUGGGAUCAAGCAGUCAGCGGGCAUGCAGGCAGCCUGUGCUCCCAUAGUGUGGCAAAGCGCACAGGAGUGAGAGGACCUUGCAUGUAUAAAGUGGAGAGGUGGACAUUUGAAGAGGAGGAGGAAGAUCGUUAUUUAGGCCGAGGGUCUCGCCAAAGAAAAGAAGUUGACUACAGUGACAGUUUGACAGAAAAAGAAUGGCUGAAGGCAAUUGAUGAAGGUGGGGAAGAAUUUGAAGAAGAGGAAGAGGAAGAGGAGGAGAAGCUGAAAAAAAGGACACGUAAGAGACGAAGAAAAGUGGAAGAGGAAGAAGAGGAAGAGUCCAUACCUAUCCAGCCAAAGAAGCGUAAAUCUUCAUCUAUGUCAUGCGCUGUUGACCCACAGCUUAAACGACGGAUGCGAAAACUUAUGAAUAUUGUCAUCAAAUACACUGACAGUGAUGGCCGUGUGCUCAGUGAUCCAUUCAUGAAACUUCCUUCACGGCGAGAAUUGCCCGAUUAUUAUGAAAUAAUCAAGAAACCUUUGGAUAUCAAGAAAAUUCUUCAGAGAAUCGAUGAAAAUAAGUUUAGUGACUUUGAUGAACUGGAAAAAGAGUUUAUGACAUUAUGUAAGAAUGCGCAAACAUACAAUGAAGAAGCAUCUUUGAUUCAUGAGGAUUCGAUAGUUCUACAAUCAGUAUUUACAAAUGCAAGGCAGAGACUAGAACAUGAAGGUGAAUCUGAAGAAGAGGAAAGAGCACGAGAAGUUCCUGAGGAAGAAGUAAUAUCCGAUGCAGAUUCGUCUGUUAAAAUGAAGAUAAAGCUGAAGAAUACUACUCGCAAAACUGAAGUUCAGGCUCGAACAUCAGGUAGAAGAAAACGUAGUUCACGUAAGUAUGUGAGUGAUGAAGAAGAAGAAGAAGAAGUGUCGUCUGUUUAAAUGUGGAAUCUUUAGCCUUUAUGUUGUAGCUCAUUUAUGGAUGUUCAUCACAGUUCCAAGUACUGCAUGUAAGAAUAUUUGUUUGCCAUCCCAGUUAUUUUUAGAUAGUGUAUGGCAGUAAUGUCACCCAGUAUUAUAAAAAGUGGAAACUUAUAAUGCCAGAUAUUGCUUUGUGAACCUUUCUGUCUUUUGUAAAAUUAUUUACAUUAAAAGGCUUACAUUCUUA